UAAUCGACUUCUGCUAAAAGUUUUGAAACUUUUUGUGCUUUUUGCUUCUCCCCUAUUUUUCUCAUUCUUUUUCGGGGUUCUGCAACAUGCACUUUUUUCCUUAUUAACUUAGUGUAGUAGAGGUACAUAAGUGGCAAUAGGAAUAACCAACUUUCUUGCUGAUUGAUGCUUUGUACCUCUUGUUCUGACCUUCUGCAGACGGAAGUUACUCUUAAUUAAACGCCUUCUCUGGUCAUUGUUCCAAGAUUUAACAAGGGAAGGAAGGAUGUGGCUUGCAUUUUCCCAUUAUUGAGAGUCAUGAAGCAGAAUUCUAGUUCGGGUUUAUAUACAAGCCCAGCAACACCAGAAUAUGGAGAUAAUAAUGUCAGAGGAUUUCAGAAAGGCUGGAGUUCCGAACGAGUCCCAUUGCCGACUAACAGCGGCAGGAGGCAUAUUAGUACCACUGCAUUGAUGCCUUUCAAUAGUGGAAGGACAGUGCCUUCAAAAUGGGAUGAUGCUGAAAGGUGGAUUACUAGCCCAGUGUCAAGUUAUGGCGUUUGGAGAACUCCAAAUGCACAAACCUACAGGCGCCCCAAGUCAAAAAGUGGACCGCUUGGGGCACCUGGCCGUAUGUACUUACCGAACUAUUCGCCCUCUGUGCCAAUCUUAGAAGAUGGAAGUAUAAGUAACUUCAUUGCAAAUUCACCAUUUACAACAGGUGUACUGGUCCCUGAUGGUGUAUCCAUUCAUUAUGGUGCUGACGGAAACUCUGGUGGUCUAUAUGCUGAGAAUAGUAUGGCUCGAGCAACUAGUGCUCCUGGUCUGUCGGAUUUGUUCAGUGAAUCUUCAGUACCAAGCUCCCCAGAUGAUGACAAGAAGGAACCAGAUUCUGUUUCCUGUGCAGCUUCGAGGAGAGAUAUGGCAACACAAAUGAGCCCUGACGGCAGUACACAUGCUUCUCCCCAAGAAAGGACAUCUUCAAUCCCUCCUGGAGUGGAGCAGAGCAAUCAGCAUGAUACUAAAGUCGAGAUUAGAGACGUGCAGGUUGACAAAGGAGCCCUCAUUUCAGGGCUAUCUCGGAAAAGCCGGGUGAGGAAACCCAAGAAAGAAUUACCAGAUGUGAGUGAGUCUAUUUCACCAUGGGAUGUUGCAGAUGGAGCGAAGAGCAUGUCAAAGUUGCAAAGAGAGGAAGCAAGGAUCGCUGCUUGGGAGAACUUGCAGAAGGCCAAAGCUGAAGCAGAAAUCCAAAAGCUUGAGAUGAAACUAGAAAAGAGGAGGUCGGCAUCCAUGGAUAAGAUUCUGAACAAGCUUAGACAUGCUCAGGUGAAGGCCCAAGAUAUGAGACGUGCAACUUCAGAAAGUCAGCCCCGUCAGUCUCAAAGGGAUUCCAACAGACUCAUUCCGUUUAGGGAGUAUUUCAAGAUUGCCUCAUUUGGCAGUUGCUUUGUUUGCCGUACCCCUUAAUGUGUGUACAGGCUUUGCUAUUGGUGAUCCAAGGAACAUAUAAAUCAUAGCUGACUGCUUUAUUCAGUAUUCAA